AUGGGUCGAGGCGUUGAGAAGGACAUCUUCAAGGAGGUGAUACUGGAGGAUGUUAAGAUCCACAAGGUCAGAGUCUGUCAUGUUCACGGCUGCAUCCUCACCACAACGCUGGCACACAGUAAGCCUUCAGUAAAUGUUUUAGGACUGAACUGUUACCAGAUGAGGGUACCAGUGGCUGCCCGGAAGACGGAGCAGCUAUUCAGGAAAUGGGCUAACUGCGCGGUAAUCGGAACUCGGGGUGGCGACAGCGGCUGCGAGCUGCGGGAGCCCGGGUGCGCCCUCCCGCGGCAGGGCGCACAGCACCCGGAGGCCGGCCCCAGACCACAGCGCGGGCCGUGGAGCCCCAAAGCCCCAGAUGGGCUGGGACACUUGGCCCCCAGUUCUCGCCGCCAGGAAUGA